AUGGCGGCCUACAUGUGUACCGUGUCUUUGGCAGUUGCUUGUUUUUGUCUUUUCUUGGGUGUAUUUGCAGAAUGGAAUACGAACGAUUACCUCAGGCGAGAACACACACUUGUGAAGCCAUAUCAAGGAUCAGGAUCAUCGAUGCCUUUAUGGGACUUUGUUGGAAGUACUCUCGUCACUAAUAACUAUGUACGUCUGACACCAGAUCACCAGAGUCGACAAGGAGCCAUUUGGAAUACUCAGGCAUGUAAUACCAGGAACUGGGAGCUCCAUGUCCAGUUUUCUGUGCACGGUUCAGGAAGUACAUUAUUUGGUGAUGGAAUAGCAAUAUGGUAUGCCAGGGAGAAAAAUAGGCUGGGUGCUGUGUUUGGAAAUGCAGACUUUUUCUCUGGAUUAGCAAUUUUCUUGGACACAUACAGUAAUCACAAUGGCCCCCACAAUCAUGAACACCCCUACAUAUCUGCGAUGGUAAACAAUGGCUCAAUGAGUUACGACCAUGACCGGGACGGAACACACACACAACUGGCCGGAUGUGAAGCCAAGUUCAGGAAUAAGGACCACAGCACUUACCUGGCUAUUCGCUACCAUAACAACGUACUCAAGGUUUCCAUGGAUAUUGAUAAUAAGAAUGGCUGGAAAGAAUGUUUUGAAGUUCAUGGCAUCAAAUUACCACUUGGAUACUAUUUUGGAGCUUCAGCAGCCACAGGACAGUUAGCAGAUAACCAUGAUAUAAUAUCUAUGAAGUUGUAUGAACUGGACCCACCAGAGGGGCAAUCGGAUUAUUGGGGAUUGCCCAUAGCCGAAGUGUUUGAUGCACCUCGAGAUCGUAUUGAGGACGUUCGGUCAAGCAUGAGUGGUUGGAAAAUUUUCCUCAUCAUUAUUUUAGCCAUCAUCGGUCUGGGUGUUUGUGGUGUGGUCGGAUAUGUAAUAUUUAAUAAAAAUAAUGAUUAUACACGUAAACGCUUCUACUGACAGCUGCCAUGCUGUUUUGAUCUAAAAAAUCCAUCAAUUUUUUUGUACAUCGAAGUGUUAUGCACCACAAUCAACUACAAUUGGAUUUUGGAUCUUAAAUGUACUAAGUGUGGUGUCAUUUAAUUCCAUUCCAACUUGAAUAAUAUUUUUAAAAGAAGGCUUUAAAGAAGAGAAACAUUUAAUGAUUCAAAAUUAACAUUAUGUUGAAUUGAUUUAUAUGAACAACUUUUGUUUCCAAAUUUGUGAAGUUUUAAAGCUGGAAAUGUAUGCAUUAUCAUGGUCAACAAUUGUACAAUUUUGAAACAUUUUACAGAAAUGUCUGUUGCAAGAAUGAAAAAAUAGUGUCAACAUAAACACUAAAUGAACUUCUUAACCAAUGUCAUACAUUUUCGGUAUCAGCAAUACUUUUAUACCGUGAAUGUUUGAUCUGAUAAACAUGAGGGUAAACUAAACCUUUAAAUCUGAGAUGAUUUCAGGAAUUGAUAGUCUUUAAACUUGAAGGUGUUCAUUUCCCCAGAAACUGAUUGGACCUGAAAUGCAUUUCUAAAUUAAAUCAUUUGAUAGAAUCUGUAAUCUGUAAUAUAUUUUUUUACAAAUUAUAUUUUCUGUCCAACAUACCUAUAAACAAUGAUCCCAUAUCUUUUUCAAUAAUUCAUGUUUUUUUUGUUUUUUGGUUUUUUUUGAUAAGUUUGAUUUUCUAUCGUUAUCUUUAGGCACUGUUAUUAACAGAGCAGGAAUAUUUAGUAAAAAUUCUUUUUUUUUUUUUUGUAAAAUUAAUGGUUUUUUGAUAACUUUCCUGAAAUGUAAACACUCCCACAAAAAUAAUUUAUUUCAAUAGAUACAUUUUAUUAUUUGAAGAAAUGCAAAAUUACUCUCCAUAAUUUUGAUUACUCUGAAAGUCAAACAACUUUCGUGUCUGAAAUAGUUUUUUUUCUACAUAGAUUCAUGAUUAUGAAAUUUAAAAAUAAUUCAUAUUUAAGUGUCACUGGUGUAUGGCUGGUGAGAGUAUGUCUUGUAAGUCGGUGUGGAGAGGAAAGGUGUGUCUGAGUUGUGUACAAUGUUAGCCUCAUACUGUACUGUAGUUAUCUGCAAAUAAGCCCCUGCCCACAAAUAAGCCUUCUUCAUUUUUGCAAAAGUGGUUCACAAAUAAGUCCAACCAAAACUAAAAUACUAAACUUUUGCUCAAGGGGAUGGGGCUUAUUUGAGGAUAGAUAUGGUACUUAACCUUUUACACUAGAAGAGGGGGCUUAUUAAAGGAUAGUUACAGUACUAAACUUUUACACUAGGAGAGUGGGCUUAUUCAAGGAUAUAUAAAUUACUAAACUUGUGCAGUAAGGGAGGAUUUGAGGAUAAAUACGGUACAAAAUUUAAACACUUAGGGUGUGGAAGGAGUGUGUAUGUGUUACUUAUUUGAGGAUAAAUAUGGUACUAAACUUUUACACUAGGGGAGGGGGCUUUUUUGAUGAUCGUUGCAGUACUAAGCCAGUAAGGGAGGGGGCUCUAACAUUACCUUACGCGGGAUUUUUUUUUUUUUUUAAUUGGCUUUGUUUUUAAAAUGACUAUAACUGUAAAUAUCACCAUUCCCUUAAUUUAGAACUGCUCACAUGUUUUGUAAAUACUUAUUUCAGUACAAAACAAUACCAUAACUAUGUGUAUAUGUUCUACAAGAUUAUGCAUAUACUGGUAGUGCAUGUUACUGCUUGGUAAGCAGGAUGCUGCGCAGACUCGUCACUUGUUUGAUGAGCAUGAAAUCUACAGUUAUAUUAACUUUAAUAGUGUUGGCUUUUUGUAAAUAAUGCAUCUCCCAUGAAAACCAAUUAAUUUACACUAUUUAUUUUACAACAAAUGUGAAACAAGUUACACCAACUUAUAUUAAUGUCUCUUGUUGACCCGGAUGGAAGUGCGUGAAUGGUACUGGUGCGGAAGAAAACAGAAGUACCCAGAGAAAACCCAUGUUGUUUUAUAAAAAUAUAUGAAAUUUAAGUCUUGGUUACAUUUGUCUGAGUAAUGGUGGUCAAUGUAUUACCUGAUUAUAAGCAUGAAAAAAGCAGGAUGUGGACUGCAGGUAAAUCAUUAAGUUGAUGUAAAAGACAAUAAUCUAAGUAAAACAACAUAAUGUUGGUUUUUAUAUGUUAACCUUACUUGACAACUUAUGUUAUGUCCUGAUGAGAGUGUUUUUUUAUGUGGCCAUAGUAUAAAAACACGACUGUUCACAGUGUUUUAUAUAUUAUUCAAGUCUUGAGAGUGUUAUAAAUCUACCGUCACUGCUGACUUGAGUUAAUAAUUGUGAUUUCAGGAGUGUAAUACAAAGGUUGUUCAAAUAUAUUAAAAUCUGGUUGUUUCAGAUUUUGUAAUUCAAGAAAAACGGGAGAUUUUAAAGGCACACUUAAAGUUCGCAAGACGCGUCUUUAUACUUCAAUAACUUCCAACCCAUUUGUGGUGACUGUUACUGUGCCAUGUUGAGAAGUUGUGUAAAAAAAAUGAUGAAACAAUUUGAGGAUAUCCAAGUUUGGUAUAUUAAGUUAUACAAACAAAGAGGUCAAUAUAUGUACGAUGUACCUUUAAGCUCCAUCUGAUUCCAUCAACGCAUGUUGAACGUAAAUUUGUGUCGGCGUGACUUAUGUUUGAAUGUGUCUUGUAGUAAUUUUUAUGAAAAUUCACAUAUUGAUAUAUUUCUUUGUAAAUCGCAUUGUAGAACAUGAUCUAUUGAAUGUAUACUGCUUUGUAGAUCUAUCUAUAUAUUACAAUGGAGCAUCAGGUAUUCUGUUUUACAUAAUAUAACCACAUUCCGAUGGGCCGUUCUGUAAACCGCUUUCAAUUACUGUUCUAGUUUUAUCAUCCAUAUCCCAUCAUGCAUCACACAAAUCACCAAUCACAUUCAUUGUUUUAUAUGUAUGUAAAAAUUUCGGUUAGUUUUGAUGUUCUGUACAUACUACUUUAAAAAGUAGAAUUUAUACAACUUCUCCGUACAUCCCGGUAACGAUGGCGAUGGUGUAUAACAAAUGUUGUCAUGCUUAAUAGGAAAAGAUAGAAAAACCGUGGAAUAUGUUGGGAAAAAAGAAAAGUGUUAGGAAAACCGUGGAAAAUGUUGGGAAAAAGAACAGUGGCUUCACCUUGGUACGUGUAUCAUUAAGAUGUACAAUAUCUUGAUGAGGUCAAAUUGCAUGUUGUUUUGUUUUAUAUAUUGUGUUUGUCUAUAUUUGUACGACAAUGAUUGUCAUAGUAAUAAUUCAAAAUAUGGAAAACUAGUUCAUGAUCUAAGGAUUCGGGCAGUGUUUAAUUAUCUCCGAUAUAUCCUUUUACAAAUUCAGCGAAACUUCAUUGGUUAUGUGAUAUAUGGCAACCAUACUAAGUUACUUUAAAACAAGGGUAUUGAAGUGUAUAACAAAUCUGUGAUUUUGUAUAUAUCCUCAUUAUGGCGCGAUGAUAUAAAGGUUCAUGUGCGUUUUAAUUUCUGUUUAGAUUGAAUGAAUUAAAAUAUGAUCACAAGUGUUUAUUAUAGCUAUUGUGACACAGCAUAAUUUUUGUUAAUUAAAGUUAGUAUUAGUCACUAUUUCUAAAAUUCAUUGCAAAUCUUUGGAAAAAUGAAUAAAUUGUUUUUUAAUUGUCAAGCUAUUUAUGUCAAUAUUCAGGGAAUAUCUUUUUGGUAUAUUUAACAAUAUUUAUUUAGUUUAUUUUUUGAUCUGUUCAUUACGGUUAAUUUUUGUUAAUUUGAAUAAUGUAAUUAGGACUUGAUUUAAAUUUUUGAAAUUUUGGUAAAUUUCAAUAAAAUUAUUUACCAUAAUAUUGAUUCAAAUAACUACAAUGAUUAUUAUUGGCUUAAGGUGUUCUAUUAAAAAACAAAUCAGUGAAUUGAAUGCUUUAAAAAAAUUGAUGUUAUUCAGAAUCAAGUCAGACAUUUCUCUCUAUGUACACACUUAAACCCCUGUAUUAUUUAAGGAAAAUUUCAUCAAAAAAUCAAAAUAUAUGAUUCAUCAUUAUGAAGGUUAGGUUGUUUUAUUAGAAAUGUUUUUGUCGAAUUUGAGGAACUUUGUCGUUUUUUUUUGUUGAUAAAUGAGUUUAUCCUUAUAUACGUUUAUAUCUACCAUAAUAGGUUACUAAUCUAUGUCAUAAAGUCUGUGUUCGGCUUUCCUUUGGGUAAUCACUAACAAUUAAAAUAUGCCCUUUAUCCUGGCGUCCUUGAUUCUCCAGGGGUUACGUUCACUUUCGCUCUCUGUAGCCCUUGAAUAUGUCAUGGCAAAAUUGAUAGCACAGCUAACUGGCUAUUUGAUAUGUGUCAGAGGAAAAUCUGACCAAUGGCCAAGUUCAAAGCUGAAGAAUUUCCUUUGAAGAUUGCAGAGGAGCAACAGCCAAGGUCAAAGCAGGUCAAUUUUCCAAUAUGGCGACCUGGAGAUUCGUUUGAUGUAAAACAAGGACAAGAUAGGGUUUUUUUAGCCACAAGGUGGCGGUAUAGUCUUUUGUUAGAGCCACAAGGUGGCGGUAUAGUCUUUUUGUUUGAGCCACAAGGUGGCGUGACUGGAGCCUUCAAUUUUGUCAUGACAUACUCCACGGAUAAAGAGUGCAGAGUCAAUAUAGCCUCUGUAGUAGUAGGGAUGAACAGAUGUCUUGUCUAUUUCUGUGCUGAUUAUAUAGCAUAAGUAUACUGUACAUGUGGACAUUUACGCGAGGGGGAAAUUUACGUGAAUUAUACAAAGGCUGCGGAAAUUACCCCCCACGUACAUGAUUUUGUGAUGUAAGUCGUGUACAUGGAGCUGGGGCAAAAGAAGAAAAGAUACAUUGAUCACGGAAAUAACCCCUACAUGUAUAGUUUAUCUUUCAAAAUCGCGAAAUUAACUCCCCGCGGGUAUAACCGACUUGAAUAGUUUACCUAUCGAAAUCGCGAAACUAGCCCCCGCGGAAAUACCCCUACACGUAUAAUUUACCUAUCAAAAUUGCGAAAUUAAACCCCCGCGGAAAUAAUCACGUUACAGUACUUGAUGCAGCUACCAAAUCAGCAUUUUACUUGGUGCGGACAAUUUAAUAAUAUCGUUAUUGGAGAACAUUACAAUGCCAGUCUACUGAUCGUACCUAUGAACCUGGUGCUGAGAAGCUGACCUAUUUUCUUUACUUAAUAUUCAUAUAGAUAUGAUAGUCAUGCAAUAUUUUGUUAGGGGAUGGUUGAUGUAUGAGAUUUUCUCACAUCAGAUGUGUAUAUGAUGACUGACUGGAGUAGACAGAUGAAUAAAUCAGAGAAUGAUUAAAAUA